GUAAUUGGGUUUGUGAAUGAUGUUUGUGAUGAAAACAAAAAACGACAACUUUUGUGAUGGCUGAACAAAUUAACACCGAUCAUUAGCUUCGGAAUACGCAAACGGGUUUGAACACGCAGUUUUCAAAAUUAAAAAUAUAAAAAUUCUAUCUCAAAAUAUGAAUUAAUAAAUUAAAUAAAAAAGAUCAAAUAUUUCAGAAACAUUUAAGCAAGUCAAUUGCCCAUAUUUUAUUGGAUUGCUCGUUAGCUGUGAUGAAACAGUAGAAAAAUCUUAAAUUGAUCACAUAAAAACAUAUUUCGAGUCUAAAAAUAAAUGAAUAAAUUCUAAAAAUAACUGCAAAUAAAGUGAGCGAAAUAUUAAAAAAAAAAAAAUCUACAAUCUAGUUACUCGCACGCCAUUAACACACAUACUCGUAUUUGACAAAUGGAUACUAAUUAAUUACAGUUUGUACAAAAUUUUAGUACGAUUCGAAAUCACCAGCACCGCCAACGGUACCCGAACCAGCACCACUAUCAACAUCAUACUCCAUAUAUAUAUACACACACAGGUAGUCAAGCAACACCUUUAACGUCAACAUAAAGUGCGUUACCAAUCAUUAACAAACCGUGAAUUAUCAUUAACACACAAAAUAAAAUUUGAAAAAACUAAAAAAAUGUUAUAAUAAAAUAAACGUUAAAAUUAACAGUAAUUUAACGCAAAAAAGUGAAAAGUGCCUAAUUAAGAUAAUCACAGGAGAUUCUACUAAAUAAUCAAAAAUAAAAGAAACAACAAGUUGCUAAAAAAAAGAUAAUAAUAACUACCACCAGCGAUUUCUCAGCAGAGUUGACAUUAACAAGUUCCGUUUCCGUUAAUUGUCGUUUUGAUCAUUUAGAGUGGCGCGUGACACUUUUGACACGCAAGUGUUAAACGUUUAUUAUAAAAAGUUACCAAAAAGAGGAAUUAUAAAAUGCAAAAAAUUGAUUUAAAGAAUUAAAAAUAAACAAACAAAAAUAAAAUAAAUAUUAUUUAGAAUAUAAAAAAGGUAUUUUCCCGUCGCCCAUAAAAAGUGUGAAAUUUUUUAGUGAACAAAAAAGUAUAAAAGAAGAAAACAUAAAAAUACAACAAUAAAAUAAGUCUAUGUUGGGUGUUAAUUAUAUUUAUAGCUGGCAAAUAUUAAAAAAGCUAUAAUUUAAUAUAGAACAUAAAUUUAUUAAAAAAAAAUACUCAGCACAAUCGCUGUUAGUAACCUGAUAGUUGCUUCUGGUUUUCUAAACAAAUAUAUUGUUGAGACAUCAAGUUUAGUGGAACUCAUUAAAUACUAAUUUCAAAAUAAUGCAAGACAUGUCAACGUCCCAUAUAUUAUCGGCUGUGGAUCCCCAUCCAAAUCAAUCAACAAAUGGAACUCAUUCCCCACAGCAUUUGCAUUCCGAACAUUUGAAUGCAAAUAACCAUGGGUCACUGCAACAACGAGGCAGUCCCAGUGCUUUGGAACGAAAUCUUCAUGUCUCCUUGGAUGAUCGUGAAUUAUGGUUGCGUUUUCAAAAUCUUACCAACGAAAUGAUUGUUACAAAAAAUGGCCGACGCAUGUUUCCGGUAGUGAAAAUAAGUGCUUCAGGUUUAGACCCCGCUGCCAUGUAUACUGUUUUAUUGGAAUUUGUGCAAGUGGAUUCUCAUCGGUGGAAAUAUGUAAACGGCGAAUGGGUUCCAGGUGGUAAAGCCGAAGUUCCACCAUCGAAUCCCAUCUACGUACAUCCAGAGUCACCAAAUUUUGGUGCACAUUGGAUGAAGGAGCCCAUAUCGUUUGCCAAAGUCAAAUUGACCAACAAAACUAAUGGAAAUGGCCAAAUUAUGCUAAAUUCCUUGCACAAGUAUGAGCCACGAGUUCACUUAGUGCGAGUGGGCUCAGAACAACGCCAUGUUGUUACAUAUCCGUUUCCAGAAACGCAAUUUAUUGCGGUUACAGCAUACCAAAACGAAGAAGUUACUUCAUUGAAAAUAAAGUAUAAUCCAUUUGCUAAAGCUUUCCUAGAUGCCAAGGAGCGUCCUGAUACAUUAUAUUCUCAUGAUGCUCAUUAUGGUUGGUUAAUACCCCCUCCGACACACUACACAACAGCCGCUGUUAAUGCUAAUCCUUCAUCUCUAUCACUGGGCGAUCCUUCCAUGGCCUCCGGCAAUUGCGAUCGUUAUGGUAGGUCCUUGACUAGCCGAGCGACUGCUUCCAAUAGAUCCACUCCUUAUAGUAGACCUCGUAUAGUCUCGGGUUCUGGCUCCAAUGGAAGUAUUGGUAAUUCUUCACCACCUCAGCCACCAUCAGCCCCUCAAACUCCAACUAGCAUGCAAUCGUCUUCACUUUGCUCGACCUCUGCAGUAUCUAGUGGUUUUACAAGUUCCUAUUCUCAAUCAGGAUUUAUGCCUGUUGAGCCUACAACGAGUGCUACUGUAUUUUCCUAUCCAGGAUCCUGGCAAACAAAUACAAACUAUUGGAGCUCUUCGACAGUACCAGGACCGAUGCCCGUAAAUACCGCCCGGGUUUUAACUUCUCAUAAUUCUCCUUCUCCUACAAACAACGGUUCGCCGACAUAUACAUCCCCGUCGCCUGGUUAUACCAUUCAUCAUCUAACUCCUCACAGUCAUGGUCACCAAUAUAAUAUGUCUCAAUCGGCCAAUCACGCGACAGCAGAUAUGUAUCAAACUGUCGCUUCGUCUUCACCUACUCAGUCAUAUGCCACACCUGCCCAUCAAGUAUACCAUCCCACACCAACGUCUCCUUCGUCCCACCAACUAUAUACGAACGUGUUAAAUCCUCCUAGUGCUCUAAGUUAUCCAGCGAGUUCUUGGCACAACGGUUCUGCUGCCGAAUACGGUCUAUAUCAGAAUCCUGCAGCUGCUGCGUACGCCUAUCAGACCGAAUAUAUACCAUUGGUUUCAGAAAUUGGCAUGUACGCCCCAACCCCUCUAGAACCGGUAGAAAUUACUAAAACAAUGGACUCAACAGCUCAAGACUCAUUAUACCGAAAUCCAGAGGAAUCUUCUACGGUAUUGACCUUGGAAUGUAACAACCUUAAAUCAGAUGCUACAUCGCUUGUCCACGAAAACUCCGUUAAGAUGGAGACUUUAGUGACAAGCAAUGGACAAUCAAUUAAUAGAGUUUCAUCGACCGAUGCCAAUACAUCUGUGGUGACGGGUAAUGUGACUGCUGCUCCAUCAGGAUCUGGCAACUGGACGCCUCUAACACCCCCUCAAAGUGCUUUACAAUAGGAUUUUAUUUACACUUAUAUAAUUUAGUUUCUCUUAAUCAUAAAAAGCCUUUAGAUGCAAACACAAAUGUUCUUUUAAUUAUUUGGUGUGGAGAAUCUCAAACAAUUUUGAAAAUUUUCUAUAGUUUCAACUCUUUAAGAACCAAAUACACACCAAUUCCUCUGUCUGAGUUUAAAUAUAUUUUCAAAUGUAUUACAUUUUACUAAAUAGUUUUAAUAGAUUUAUUUUUUUUAGAUAUUUAAGUAAAAAAAUAUAAUAAACAAUCGUUACUAAAUAUGAAAUAUGGCUAAUUUA